AUGGCAAUUAUGAAAUUGACGUAUUUGGAGAUGUAUGGCAAUGAUAUGUCAUGGGCCAGUUUCCAUGUGCUCGAGGUUAUGAGUAGUGCCAAAUUCCAGCAGAAACGAGUGGGAUAUUUGGCGGCGGCUCAGAGUUUCCGUGCUAAUACCGAUGUAUUGAUGCUGACGACUAAUUUGUUAAAGAAAGAUUUGGGCUCGGCUAACCCGCUUGAAGUGUCUACAUCACUCAGUGCAGCAGCAUCGAUUGUCACCCCAUCGCUGGCUCAUGACCUAUCUCCAGAUAUUUUGAAAAUGUUGAACCAUUCUCGACCUUAUAUCAGGAAGAAGGCUGUUUUGGCAAUGUAUAAAGUGUUUCUUCAGUACCCAGAAGCACUGCCAGGUGCAUUUCCUAGGCUUAAAGACAAGUUAGAAGAUGCCGACCCGUCAGUUGUAUCAGCUACCGUCAAUGUUAUUUGUGAGCUAGCCAAACAAACCAGUGGUACUGGAAGUGAAAUCACAAAGACUUAUUUGUCAUUAGCACCACAACUUUAUGAACUGUUGACUACAUCUAAAAAUAACUGGAUGUUGAUCAAGAUUCUUAAACUAUUUUCGGCCCUGGCUCCGACUGAACCAAGACUGAAACCAAAGCUUUUACCACCAAUUAUCCAACUCAUGAGAACUACUACUGCCAUGUCGCUUCUUUAUGAGUGUAUUAAUUGUAUUGUAAGUGGUGAUAUGCUGGAUGAAGAUGAUUAUGAGGUGGCUGAAUUAUGUGUUAGUAAGCUUCGUACGUUUUUGGAAGAGCAUGAUCAGAACUUGAAGUAUGUUGGUUUGCUGGCGUUGGGGAAGAUAGUUGUAAAGCAUCCACAGUUUGUGAUUAACUUGCAAGAUGUGAUUUUGGAGUGUGCUGAUGAUAAGGAUCUGACAAUUCGCGACUGUGUUCUUGAUCUUAUUCCUGGCAUUGUCACUGAGAACAAUAUUUAUCAUAUUGUAAAUAAGCUGAUGGAUCAGUUACGAGCAUCUCGAGGUAUUUUAUCGCCCGGAUCUGCUGGUGUAGCAGCUGGUGCCGGUGGUACUUCGGCUGAAGACAAUAAGAACAACUCGGCCUUGGAUAACCACAAUUCACGGAUUAUUGAAAGUAUUAUUAGCGUGUGUUCAAAAGAUACUUAUAGUUUAGUGCCUGAUUUUGAAUGGUAUACGACAAUUCUUGUAGAGCUUGUUCAGCUUGGUACUGACAAUGUUGGCUGGAGAAUCGGUGACCAACUGCGUAAUAUCGCUAUUAGAGUCAAGAGUAUGAGAGGCGUCAUUGUCGAGGCAUCAGUAAGACUUUUGAUGAAUUACCAACUCAUGACACAUAUGCCAUCGGUUGUCAAGUUUGUUGUGUGGAUUGUUGGAGAGUACGCCAGUCUGGUGCCCAAUGUCCAUGAACUGCUGACCCAGCUGAUUACUAGUAGAUACGGAGAUGAAGAAGCUGAGCUGGGUUAUAUGGCCAACAGCGGUAUUUCUGGUACUUUUGGCAUGUUUACUACGUUUGGAAGUGCUGUUUCUGGCGGUGCUGGUGGGAAUACUAGUAGUAGUCACGGCAAUGGACGACAUGGACCCGGUAGUAACUCCCCAUCAAAUGCCCAAUUUGGCACUGUCGAAGCGUCUAUACAAGCAGUUGUAAAGCUGUAUUCAAACUGGGCUGGACAGGCUAACUGGCCUUCGGGAUUUCAUUUCCAAGUUUUGGAAGCAACGAACCAGCUUAUUACAUAUCUUGAACACUACUCAACAGCCAUCUCAUAUGAAGUACAAGAACGAGCUGUUGGGUUCCUGGAACUUGUUAAAGUAGCCAAAGAAGCAAUUGAACAACUGCCCGAUAACAGCGAAACACCACCUCUGUUACUGACACUGGCCAUCCCAUCGAUGUUCAACGGUUAUGAGUUGAACCCAGUAGCACAGAACUCGCAAAGGAAAAUACCACUUCCUGAAGACCUUGAUCUCGACACUGAGAUAUACCCUGCAUAUGCAUUAUCCGACAUUGAAGACGACUACGAAAUAGAAGACGAGGCGAGUACGUUGGUCGAUGGAACCACCAUUCUCAUUGAAGACACCCCAUUGACUGAACAAGAUCUUGAACGUAAACGGCUCGAGAGACUCGAACGACAAAGAGACGAUCCAUUUUACAUCCCCAUCUCAUCUGGCAACCAAACACCGCUUGAGAACUCUCGAUCCAACACACCGACCCCUGGCAUUGCUAUUGCCAAUGCCGGUGGUAGUGGCAGUCAACCGUCGAGCUACACCCCUGGCUCGCACAUCUCGUCAGCAUCGCAGCCAUCUAAAUUCAUGCCACCUCCCCGAAGAACGAAAGUGGAGAUUAUACAGGACGAGAAGAUUGACGGCGUUGACGACGUUGACGAGACCACUACUACCACAGUCAAAACCAAGUCCAAGACCAGCAAAUCACGAAGCAAGCCACUUUUCAAGAUCGAAAGCCGGUUGACGAAACUAGAUCUGAACCCAGAAACGUCCACCACAACCGACCAAGCAGCCACUCUCGAAGUGCAAAAACUGCGCCAGCAACUCCUCAACGAGUCGUCAUCCAAACCUGCCGCAUCUUCAGACGAAAUUCUCGUUACCCACAAGAAAAUCAAGAAAAAGAAGCCCAAAUCUACAACCGGAGAAGCAGGCGAGGCCACUCCGAAAAAGAAGAAAAAGAAGAAAGUGACCUCUUCCGAGCCUCCAGCAGCAGCUGAACCUGCUCCUGAAACUAUGUACUAA